AUGGCCGCUGCAGUCCAAAUCAUUUCAAAGUCAAAACUGGAGAAAUGCGAGAAAAACUCCAACUCUGAUAACGACCUUAAUUGCACCAAAAAAAUCGUGGUCAACAUGGCUGUUCCCAGUGGCUCAAGUGGAGGAGAGGCAUCAAUUGUUGCAGAGUUAGUGGAGGUGGAGGAAAACUCAACCACCAAGAUGCAAACGCUGCGGAUUCCACCUAUCAUAACUGUAAAUAAAUCUGCUGCUUUUGCAUUGUAUCAGUUAUCAUACAUACGGGAUGUUCCUUAUAAACCUGAAGAGUACUAUGUUAGGACACGAAAGUGUGAGCCAGAUGCUAGUUCAAAUGUUGUUAAGAUAUGCGAAAGAUUGCGGGAUGAAGAAGGUCAUAUAAUUGAAAAAACUCAGCCAAUAUGUUGUCCAUGUGGACCACAACGACGGAUGCCUUCAUCAUGUGGAAACUUCUUUGAUAAAUUGACAAAAGGAAAGGCUAACACGGCUCAUUGUGUGCGCUUUCCAGGUGAGUGGUUUCAUGUAUUUGGUAUUGGACGGCAAACCUUGGAAUUUAGUAUUCGAAUACAGGUCAAGAGUGGGAACAAAGUUUCGGAAGUGAUUGUGGGUCCUGAAAACAAAACAGUGACAUCUCAAGAUAAAUUUUUGAGGGUUAAUCUUAUUGGAGAUUUUGUUGGGUAUACAAGUAUACCAUCUUUUGAGAAUUUCUAUCUUGUUGUACCAAGACGGGGUGGCCCUGGUCAGCCACAGGAAUUGGGAAGAAAUAUAUCAAUGUGGAUGCUACUUGAAAGAGUUAGAUUUACUUUAGAUGGUUUUGAAUGUAACAAAAUUGGUGUUAGUUAUGAAGCUUUCAAUCAACAACCAAACUUUUGCUCUUCACCCUAUUGGAGUUGUUUGCACAAUCAACUCUGGAAUUAUUGGGAGGCUGAUUUGAACCGCCUAAGUAGGAACCAGACGCCACUCUAUGGUUUGGAAGGACAAUUUGAAAGGAUAAAUCAGCAUCCAAAUGCAGGGGGUUAUUCUUUCUCCAUAGGUAUUACAGAGGUUCUUAAUACAAACCUUGUGAUAGAAUUAAGUGCCAAUGAUGUAGAGUACGUUUAUCAAAGGAGCCCUGGAAAGAUUCUCAGUGUUAGUAUCCCUACAUUUGAAGCUUUAACUCAAUUUGGAGUUGCUACAAUCACUACUAAGAAUACUGGUGAUGUGGAAGCAUCAUAUAGUUUGACGUUUAAUUGCUCCAAGGAUGUCACCUUAAUGGAGGAACAAUUUUUAAUAAUGAAGCCAAAUGAGAUUACAAACAGAUCAUUUAAAAUAUACCCGAACACGGAUCAAGCCUCAAAAUAUUUAUGUGCAGCUAUACUAAAAGAUUCUGAUUAUAGCGAAGUUGAUAGAGCUGAAUGUCAGUUUACUACUAUGGCAACUGUUCUUGAUAAUGGAACCCAAGUAUGUUUUUUUCUGGGAAUGCCUUUUCAACCACCAGAGACUGACAUUGGUUUCUUUGAUUCUAUUGAGCACAUGUGGACCAAACUAUGGACAAGCUUUGUAGACUUUGUUACUGGAAAAUCUUGCAGGCAAAAAUGCUCUGGUUUCUUUGACUUCAAGUGCCACAUACAAUAUGUAUGCUUGAGUUGGAUAUUGAUGUUUGGUUUAUUUCUAGCAAUAUUUCCAGCAGGGAUUGUGGUAUUAUGGCUUUUGCAUGAGGAAGGCCUAUUUGACCCUAUUUAUUACUGGUGCGACGACACCUUUGUCGACGAUCAAAUCAUGGAUAAACAGAACUACAAAUAUGACAAAAGACACCACCAUAGACAAGAAGCUAAGCACCCUAAGCAUGGUUCCCAACACAGGCAAAGGACUAGUUAUGAGCCCAAGCAUAAGCAAAGGCAUAAGCAUUCUGAAGGAGAGUCUGGUAGUUUUGAUCAUUUGCAUCAUGUUCAGAAAGAAAAUCACAAGCAUGGACACAAGAAGAAUAAAGAUAUCAUGUUGCAUAAUGUUGACAAUCGUGCUCAUCAUAAGCGUAAGAGAAAUCGAGACACUUCAAUCGGAUUAGUCAAGGAGAUGAAGCUGAAUCGUGACAAACACAAACAAGAGUUGUAGAUGAACUAGAGUCUAUGUAAAGAAAGUUGUUAUUGUUUUCAGUAUUAGACACUGCAAUGCUUAGUGCAACUUUUUAACACCCUUCCUAGUUAGACAUCAUAAGUCUCCUAUUAUAUUUUCUAAUAGA